AUGAAAAUGGCCGGAAGGAUCUUUCUCCUUUUCCUCUCCGUCUACGUCACGGUGGCCAUCGCCGACAAAGCGUUUUGCGUUGCAAGCCUAACGUCCCGUCCUGAGGCAGCAACCGCAACCGCACCAAAACUAGGCGUGAUCGCGUUAAGCAUCGCGUCCUCAAAUGCUUCGGACACAUCUUUCUACAUCAAAGCCAAACUAAAGCAAAAGAACCUCGAGCCGGCUUUAGAAGACACCCUCGACGAUUGCUCUAAGAAUUACUUAGAUGCGGUCGCGCAGCUCGACGAUUCUCUAGCCGCUUUGAUGCAAAACUCGUUCAUCGACGUCGAUAUUUGGCUCAACACCGCGAUAAGCGACGGUGAGGCUUGUGAAAACGCUUUGAACGAUCGUGCCGGUAAUGAUGCUGAGCUUGCUCGUAGGAACACAAACUUGUUGAAGCUUUGCAAGGAUGCUCUUCUCAUUAACACUAUUUUAACUCCCUAA